AUGCGGUGGGAAAGAGUCUCGUGGUGGGCUGGCAACGGGAACGGGCACGGGAAUGGGAAGGGGAACGAAGCUGGGCCAUCUAGUCUGAAGGAGCAGCGUGAAGAGGAGCGCGAGCUCAGUCGAGCAGGCGGACCAUCUCGCUGCAACAGCCAGCACGGCUGCAGAAUUGUCAACCGGAGAUGCAACACCACCACCAUCAUCAGCAGCAGCAGCAGCAGCAGCAGGAGAAGGAGAAGGUCGACAUGGACUUUGAGAGGGGGCAGUAGAGCUUGGGCAAGUCAGAGCGCUGUGAUCUGCGUGGGUCUGUGCCUGCUGCUGCUGGUGACAGCGAGCACAGCUCAGCGCAAAGCGUCGCUGGAGAAGCGUUUCGAGCGCUUGAAGAACCUCUCGCUGAUCCCAGCUUUGGGCGAUCCCGCUCGAUUCGUAGAUCAUCGAGAUCGCACCUCUCUCCUCUCUCGCAUCCUCAUUCCUCGCGUGCCCGAGAGCGCAGGCUCUAAAAAGGUGUUGGAUGCAUUAAAGGAGCCUUUUGAAGCUCUGAACAAGGAUGCCAAAUCUUUGGGUUGGCACGUGCAGACGUUGCCCUUUGAGACCAAGACGCCGCAUGGAAACAAAAAGAUGACCAAUCUGGUCAUCACCAAGAAUCCAGCUAGUCCUAGACGUCUUACGCUUGCCGCUCAUUACGAUUCCAAAGUGCUGCCACGAGGGUUUUUGGGUGCGACGGAUAGCGCUGCUCCCUGCGCCAUCAUCGUCGAUACCGCUAUUGCCCUCGAUGCGGCACUGGACAAGGCGGAGAGGAGGUAUGCCAAGGAAGGAAAGGGUAAAGGAUCGGAUGUCACUUUGCAGCUCAUCUUUUUCGACGGCGAAGAAGCUUAUGGACAGUGGACGCACACAGAUAGCAUAUAUGGCAGCAAGGAUUUGGCGAGCAAUUGGACUCGCUCCGCACACUCGCCGCCGCACGCACCACCAGUGGGAGCAGCGCGUCUGUCUCAAGCUCGAUUCGCGAGCGAAAGGCCUGUACGCAGCAUCGACACGAUAGAGCACCUAGUUCUACUCGACCUCCUAGGAGCUAGUCAUCCACAGAUUCCUCCAUAUUUUCCAGGCACCAGCUGGUUGAAUACGCGCUUGUCCGAAGCUCAAAAGAGGCUGCAGCAGGAAUUGCUCUUUUGGCCACCUAAUCAGACACCCAACAGGCAUGAUGAGAAAUGGUUCGGUGGACAUGCGUGGGGUGGCAUAGAGGAUGAUCAUUUGCCCUUUCUUGCAAAUGGAGUGCCUAUCCUUCAUCUCAUUCCCACGCCAUUUCCCGCAGUUUGGCACACCAUGAAGGAUGACGCCUCUGCAUUGGACUACGGCACAAACUACGGCUGGACCAUGUUGAUGCGUCUAUUCGUCGCCGAAUAUCUCAAUCUAGCAGCAGCGGAUCUGGAACAAGCUCCACGGGCCAACAGGCAAAGAGAAGAGGUGCGAGAGGAGCUGCUGGAGAGGCAGGUGCAGCAGGGUCAGAGAAUCGAGAUGGGCCGUUUGAACGCAGAGACAGAGGCAGAGGCGGAGGCGCACAAGGCGCAGCCGUUGCGUGCGCGAGAUGUGGACGAUCUGACGUUGUUUGGCUAA